AUGCGAGCCUUUCUAAAGAGUUCGGAGGGAUGUUUUCGGCUGAAACCGCACACCACGACGAUAGGCAGUCACGAAGGGUCCGACAUCGUCCUGCAGUCCGCAGGCGUAGGAGAUCGUCACGCAGCCCUCGAAUUCGCCGCCUCGGACAACAGCUUCGUCCUUCAGGACUUCAACUCUCCCCACGGCACCUUUGUCAAUGGCUGCCAGGUCCAAAACGCGGCCGUGAAAGUGAGUCCGGGGGAUAUCCUGCGCUUCGGCGCUGGGGGAGCGUCCUUCGAGCUGGUGGUGGAUGGGGCUGCUCAGGUGUCCUGUCCCCCCGUGAAACGCCUCACAGCGUGGACCGGGCAGCUCCAGGGGGUUGCGGAGCCCAAACCCUUGCCUCCCGCCUCUCGUCCCCACCUCCCCUGGCUGCAGUGGCGGCAUCCCCCCGACUCUCCCGGCAGCUGGGCUCCCGGAGCAGCCGGCCACGUGCCCCAUCCGCCGCUGCGGAAGCGACCCCUGAGCGCCAGGGCUAGGAGCGUGGCCGCCGCCGUCUCGCCGGACACUUGCAGUAGGAGCUCCGCGGCGAGGCCAGUCCCGACCGGCGUCUCAGGCGAUGGUGCGAGCGGUGUGGGCAGAGCCCCUUCCCCGGGGACUCACGACGCGAAUUUCCUCCCGCGGGAGAAGGGUGCAAAGCUUCUGCGGCUGGAGAAGGAAAUCGGUCGCCCCUCUGGUUUGGAAACGGAAUCAAAGGAGAAAGGUGCAGCGAUAAGAGAUCUGCAGGAGGAGAUUGCGGCGAUGGCAAAGACCUUGGCUCAGGCGGCGGCGAGGAACGAGGUAGAGCUGUCCCAGAAGCUGCUCGCCUUCGACCGAGAGCUGGGAGCCAAAAGGGAGGAGAUCGAAGCCUUGAGGGAACAGAUCGGCAAGCUGCAGAAAGGCUCGAGCCAGGUUUUUGGCCAUUCCCUCUACGAGAGAGACCUGGAGAUCGGAAGGCUGCGGAAAGAAAGCGAGAAGUUGAAGAGGGACCACGCUUUGGCUGCAGGCCUAGCGACCAGCCUGCAAAGGGCGAUGGCUGGGAAGGAGCAGAAAAUCCAGCGGCUCAAGGAAGAUGUUGAAAAACUGAAGAAGGAGAGCAGAGAAAAGGACGAUCGGCUAGCAAUCGUUUCUGCCAAGUGCUCCAGAAUUCAAGAGGAACUGAAGCACGACGUCGGAGAGCGAGAAGGAAUCGCAUGCCGAAAGCGCAUCGGGGAGCUGGAACGCGACCUGGAGGGGCUGCAGGGGGAAGUCCAGAAGUACCGCACCGAGCAGGAGAGCCUCCGAAAGCGGCUGGCCGAGAAAGCCAAGGCUGAGGAGGAGCUGCGAGAAGCCUGCGCCAGGCAAGCUCUGCAGCUGGAGGAGAUGGGGCGCAGGGAGCGCCUGCUGCGAGCCGACGUGGGGCAGGCCAAGGAGCAGCUGGAGUCCUUCAAAACCCAAGUGAUGCGAGUCUGUUCUCCAGCAGCAGCAGCAGCGGCAGGCGUCGCAGGGAAAGCCGUAACAGAGCAGCAGGUGAUAGAGAAGGUCAGGCAGAUCUCUGACGAGAACCAACAAAGUGGCGAGAGAGAGAAGCGUCUCCAGGAGGAAUUAAGCUCCAGGCUCUCGAAGGAAAAGGAGGUGUCUGCCGACGUCGAGGCGUUGAAGAAAUCCCUGCGGGAGCUCCAGGCUUGCCUGCGGAGCUCGUGCAGCAGCGCCAGCCUGCGAGGGGAGCUGGGGAGGCUGGAGGCGGCGUGCCUGGAUCCCUCUGUCUCGGCCAUCAGGGCAGCGGUGGUGGAAAUGGCGGGCGUCCCCCUCUCCUGGCUGGAGGGCGCGGAGCGGCUCCUGGCCAGCGCGGGGAUGGACCUGCGCGCCUCCGGCAAAGGGCUGUUGGCUGCUCUCGGGAGUUUGCUGGAAAACACUCGGGAAACCGCACAGAGGAAUCGGAUGCUACAGGCCCAGUUAGAGAGGGUUCAGGAGUCGCAGGCGGCUUUGCUGCGGGAGCACGUGAAGGAGCUGGAAGCGAAACACGAGCAAGACCUACAGAUGCGAAUCAAGCAAACGGUGUUGGAAAAGGACAAGGAGAACAAAGAGAUUCUGGCGAGCGCUGUCGCCAAGGCGAAGGAGGAGUGCGAGCGAUCCGUGGAGGAAGAACAGAAGAAGGUCCGAGACCUGGAGGGCCGCCUGAGAAGCGUGACCGAGGCAAUAGCGAGGAAGUCAAAGGAGCAGGAGGUGACGGACUGCAAACUGAGAGAAGCUGUGCAGAAGCUGGAGGAAGCCGCGACACGAGAGGCGGCGUUACAGCAGCGGGUGCUCGGGCGAGACGAGCGGCUCAAGACCGUUCAGGAGGAGAUAGAGUUAGAGAGGCAGAAACGGCAGGAAGAAAUCGCGGAGUAUAAAGAGCAAAGCAAGCAGCAUUCUCUGACAAUUGUGGCUUUAGAGGACAGGCUGCUGGAGGCAAAGCAGCAGCAGAAGACACUGGAGGAGGAGCGUGCGGCGCUCGUGGAGAAAAUGGAAGGAUUUCGGGGUGAUGCCAGCGAGCCGACCUUGGGAGCUUGGCCGGAGGUUUGUCCCGCCGCAGAGUCGCACGGUUGCCUGAGGAAAUUCAGGGAGGAGCUGGCAGCGGCGCAGAGCGCGCUCCUGUCCAAGGAGGCCGUCAUCGCCGGACUAAGCAGAGAGCUCGCGGGAACCAGGGCCAGGAUGUCGGACGUGAGAGGGGAGCUGGGCGAGGAGCAGAAGGUGGAACUGGAGCGGAACCGGAGCCGGCUGAAACGCCAAGCGGAACUGAACCUGCUCCGAGAGAAGCUAUCGCAGAUGUCCGGCCUCGUGGAGAAGAAGGAUCGAGCCCUGGAAGUGGCAGCUGAAGAGUUAAGGCAAGCCCGAGCCCAUGGCCAGGCGCUGACGGAUGCCUCCCGAGAAAUGGCGGAAAAGCCCAAGGAUGCUCCUGGGACGCCGGUGCAGGCGGGCGAAGCCUCCGAGAGGGCGUGCUGGCGGCGCUCUGGACUCGAAGGUGGGUGCUGCUGCUGCAGCAGCAGCAGAUGGCGGGACUGGAGAGUUGUACAUCCUGUACCGCAACGGCGGCAGACAGCGUGCCGGCGACAAAGGCUGGAUGUGUGGGGGCCGAGCGGUGACUCACAGGCAGAUGACGAGCGGGAGGAGCCGGCGUUGGACUUGGCCGACCUCGGCGCGAAAUGCCGAGGCCUGCGGCACGAGGAAACGAUCCGGCGCCAAAAAGAAGGCUUGGCCGAGCUCCGGGAGAGAGUAAAGGCGCUGGAGAAGAGGCAGUCCUCAGCUGCCACGAAGAAGGGUUCGGAGGCGCUGGUGGUCCUGCCGAAAGACUUACCAGAGGAAACGGUCCGGCAAAGAGGUCUCGAGAAGGAACCUGCUCCCGUGUCGGGCACGAAACUGAAGGCCGGCAAGGUUCCUGGCCACGUUCCUAACGGCUCGGACGGGGCGGCGAGCUCGGCGAUGGCUGACGCGCCAGACCUCGGCGAGCAGAUGUACCUGGACGUCAUUGGUGCUCUGGGAAGGCUGAUGAAGGUGAAGGAGCUGUCAGGAAUGCAGUCUCUGAAGUACCUGCCUCCGGAGGAGAGGGAAAAAGCGGGCCUGCGGAGACGGAAGGACCUGGAGCUGCUGUACGAGAAGAUCAGGACCCUCCAGAGUCGCCUGGAGAGAAAAGAAGAAAUGCUGAAAGAUUACGAGGCCAGCGUGGAGCAGCUCAGGCUGAACCAAGCAUCCCUGCGAAGGUGCCAGGAGGAGGUGUCCAAACUAGAAGAUGAAGCCUCCAGGGAGGCGGAAGAGAAGGCUCUGCUGAAGGAGGCUCUGGAGAGGACGCAGCUCCAGCUGAACCAGGAGAAGAGGCUGCUGCGAGCAGCCAAACCGCGCAAGAGCCUUGCGGAGGACCAGGCGAAGGAGCCUCCAGGCUGUGCCCGUUCUCCAGAAGGCAGACCUGGAGCCAAGAAGCCUGUCUGCUCGGGGAAGCUGAAGGCCGAGGAGCGCAGGGCAGAAGCCGUCAAGAUGGGAAGCGCGUAG